AUGCAAAAAUAAACUUAGUUGACCAAGUUUUUCUCAAAGAAAGCAUAAGAAUAGUAGUAAUCCCCUAUAAGAACCAAAUUCAAUUCAGAUGUAAGGUUAUUAGUUUAUAUUUUGCUAGUUAUUCUUUUGUACUCCUCCUACAUAAGAAAUUUAAUGUAAGACAGAAAAUUACAUUAAUAAAAAGAAGGGGUCAAAUAAUUUAGAUAAUUGGAUUAGGAAAUCUUCAUUGUAACAAAAGAAGUGGUAUUUUUAUAUUACAAUAUAAAUAAAGGCCAUUUUUACCAAAAAAUUUGAUCUAUUAGAUUUACAAAUUUUUGCAAUUAAGAGAGUGCGCUACAUGUUCUUAAGUAUGCAAAUUUUGGAUGAUUUGUUAUAAUGAUAUCUAUUUUUCAUAUAGUUUUUUCAGGGAGUUCGAAACAUCAAGGUAAUUCUUAUUUUUUAAUAGUUUAAGAUUUAAUGAAAAGGAACUUGCUACUGUAUUGAAACGAUCAAGUAAACAAUUAAAGCACAUUAAGAAAGUACGAGAAAUGAUUAAAGGAUAAAAAAUCAGUUCAUUUUUAGAGAAAACAGAAUUAAGAACAAUGUUAUCUGAUAAUUCAUAACAAUAAGGAUCAUUAUUGGAAUUAUUUAAACUUGAACCAAAAAAACAAUAUACAUCAGUGUUUUUGACAGAUAAAGAUUUAAAUAGCAUUUGUACNAUAAAUAAUAUCUACUACAAUUGA